AUGUCCAAAGACACAAUCCACCCAGAGCCCAGCGGCAUCCCCCAACUCUAUCACGUCCUCUUAUUAUCCUACCACCUCCAAAAGGACCCCAAUGCGGUCAUCCAGAAACUUAGGGUUACGGGCUCGUACACGUCUCUCGCAGCUGCCAAGACAGCUGCGUACAGCUGUCUGUUCGACGCCGGUAUCCUCAAGGACAGGGACGAUGGGAAAAUGAUUUCUGCCACCGCUCCCGACGGGACGACGUUUUCCGUGCAGAUUCUUAAUUCCGUCCUUGGGGAUGGGGAUGGUAACACAGCCGGCAAAUUGUGGAAUUAUAUUGUUGAAGAACACGAUCAACGCAUCUCGACGGAAUUGUACUAUGUUGUUCAGGUCAAGACGCACUACGACGAUGAGCAGUACCGCGAAACUAAUAUUGACGGCACGUUUACCACGUACAACGCCGCCCGGGAGUAUGCCAAGGGGGUGCUCCUCAACCCGGCGGACGGGAUCGAUACGAAGAGCUAUGCGCAGUACGAUGAAGCGGGGCCUGACCAGCGAGAUUGCGGAUUUGGCGCCAACGUGAUUGUGCAUGCGGUUGGCGUCAAUGGGGAGAAUUUCUUGGUGAGUGUGGUCAAGAGUCAGACCAUGGAGAGCGUGAGGUUGGCCGAGGCUGCCAUGAGGAUUGCCUAG